AUGGUGCUGCCACGACCAAACAGCACACUUCUGGACUCCAUUUCCAACGCCGCAGAUCGUCUUGAGCAUAUCGCUGUUUCCUUUGCUUUCGACGCACAGACACUCUUCCAUAGGCUCAUGCAGACAGAUUUCAAAGCGCUCAAGACUCUCGCACUUACGUCUUCUUUCAGUAAUUAUUCUGAGAGCCUCCUAGUUGAUGCUGCAGAGGCAGUGACGAAGAUGCACGCUCUCCAACUUCUAGAAAUUUGGAAUUUCGAAGCUGGUCAAGCUGACGUUUUCCGAUACGAGAGACUCGAUCGAUACCAAGGUCAUAUCAUUUGGCAUAGCACCGAGGACCGCGAGCUCUCUUCAGUCGUGGUACAGAGUUGGAAAGAUCUGCUGAGGACAGGUCAGAGUGGGCUCGAAGUCAAAUGUAGCAGUUUUCCGGUGGAGAUGGAACGUCUUCAGGAUCUUCUGCCCCAUUUGAAGUUGGGCCAGCAGAUUCUUCGUAAUUUCACCUAG